UAUAUAUACUUAGAUUUAAAAAAUUACUUAGAUUCAAACUAGAAAAAAAAUCAUCAACUUAACGAUGGAGAAGAAGAAAGAAGCUGGUGAUUCGAGUAAUACAGAACCUUCCUCCUUCAAGCUUCUUGCAUCGUUUCCUUCUGGUCUCUCUCCUUCACAGGUUUCUGUCGCAUUUUCUGACGCCUACGAUCGGAUCCCUCACUCUGAUAUCACCUUAGAGAACACCAUCCCCGAGAUAUGGGAUCAGAGGAGUUUGAAUAACAAAUCGUUGUUCAAUGGAAACAAAUUCAGGUAUGGAGGGCAUGUUUUGCACACUGGAGGUGAAUCUGGCAGUGAACCACAUGUAUGCCUCCACCUAGGUUUGACAGAUUACAGGACCUUUGUGGGGACAAAUUUAAGUCCUUUGUGGGAAAGGUUCCUUGUUUCAUCAGAAGAUGAUUCCGUUCUUUGUCAGCAUACCUCCAGUCCACUGGGAAAUGGUGCAGUGGUGGAGACAAUUGACAGCAAGAUACUUGUAUUACAGCGAAGUAAUAACGUUGGUGAAUUUCCUGGAUAUUUUGUUUUCCCCGGAGGCCAUCCUGAGCCUCAAGAAGUUGGUAUAACGUCCCGCCAAUAUGCAAAAGAGUUAACAGAGUCAAUCAACAUCAAGGUUUCACAGGAGAUGUUUGACAGCAUAGUUCGUGAAGUAGUUGAAGAAAUUGGAGUGCCAGCUUCUUCACUUAGCAUUCCGGCUUUUAUUGGUAUAUCUCGUAGGGAUUUGAAUGUGAGACCAACUGCGUUUUUCUUUAUCAAAUGCAAUCUUGACUCAAAGGAAGUUCAACAAUUUUAUUCUAGUGCACUAGAUGGCUAUGAAUCAACCAAGCUCUAUACUGUUCCAAUGAUUGAACUAGAAAAUAUGGCCUCUAGGAUGCCUGGCUGUCAUCGAGGUGGAUUUGCUCUCUAUAAAUUGAUGGUUGACACCAGGAAGAUUACUUGAUAGAAGUUUGUAAUGAUCUCAGUUUUCACGCAUGGUGUUAUAUUAAUUAUUAAGUGAGUCUCUUUCCGGUGUAAUUAAGUUUGAUGCCAACAUUGCUGAGGUGAUUGAACCUAUCCAAUGGGACAGAAUUUAACCAGACUGAAAUCUUUCCUACCUUCUUUUUCAUAGAUAUUGCUGCUAUUCAAUUGAUCAAUAAUUUGCACUUAUUCGUUAACA